AUGCGACUUGAUAGCCCGAAGACAACAGACGCUGGUCAAAGUGUCACUGGAACCAUGAAAAUAUCCGCGGAAAAAGACGCGAGCUCGUCGCCCGUCUGGCUACGAGCAAUCGUUGGUACGGUACUCGAGGCGGAUGAACUCGUACUCUGGACACCGACAUCAGCAGAUCUCUCUCGUACGGAACUGCCAGCUGCUCGACGCGUUCGACUCGCUGGGAUUCAAACACCACGCGCCUGUCCUGCUCAACGACCGGAGUCGAGUUCCGUCCCUGCCCCGGCAACGGAAGCAGGUGAUCGUCACGCUCUGCUGACGAAGGACGGGUGCGAAGGGAACGGUUUAUCCCCCGCUUCUGAUGAUAUCGAGCAAGACUGGGCGUUUGAAGCCCGCGAAUGGUCCCGGAAAAGCACCAUUGGUCGCCACGUCACCUUCUCCAUCGUUGGCACCGAUGGGCACUCGGAGUACGCACUUGUCCAUCUAGACCCGAAGGAGUCUUUGCAGAGCCAGCUGUUGAAAGCAGGGCUUGCACGACUUGCACCAAACCAAUUGGGUACACACGCCAGCGCUACUGGCCCAAAAGGUUUGACGUCUUUAGGCGAACGCAGCUCUACGGUGACGACGACAGCACCAGCAACGCAGGCACCGGAGCAGCGUGACGUAGGGAUGGGCUCCCAGACCGCUGCUUUUUGCAGUCAGAGGAAUAUCGUGGUAGCGCAGUGGUUUGCUGCGCACGUCUAUCCAGCGCUUCAGCAGGAUGAGGUAGCUGCAAGAGCUCACGAAUGCGGCAUCUGGAGUAAGCAGUACCCUCAACGUCACAUUGUUGUGCCUGUAACCCAAGUCAAGACCUGGUUGGAGGCGAAUAUACCUAUGGGCGGAUCCUUUUAUUUGAAGGCGGUUGUGGAACGCGUUCUUAGUGGUUCGGUGGUUCUUUUGCGGGUUCCAGAGCCGGCAACCGCACCGAGUCGAGAGAGUUCCAGACAGGUGCAGCGGCAUGCGCUCAUCCUCGCCUGGCUCGCGGGUCUUGCAACCCCAUCCGUAUCAUCUGGCCAAACUCGAGCAGAUUCGAAUAACACCGAUUUAGGGGCAAAAGCCUCCCCAGAGGAUCCGAACUCUCCCGCUGGACGAAUCGCUCUUCAAGCCCGUUUUCUUACCGAGCGGUUUCUGCUCCAGCGCGAUAUCCUUGUCUACGGGAAAGAGCAGACGCCGCUGGGUCACUGGAUCGUGACUGUCCGCGGAGUCUCUGGCUCGGGAGUCGAUUCAUUACAUGACGAGCAGCAGCAGCAGCAGCAGCAGCAACAACAACAACAACAGGAGACGUAUACGCUGCAUGCACAGCUCGGAGAGGCCCUGCUCCGAAACGGUCUCGGUUGGAUGAGCGACUGGGGUAUGGACUUGGUAUCAGCCUAUGCAAAGCGCUGGCAAUCGCUUCAAGAAGACGCUCGACGUCGUGAGCUUGGCUGGUGGAAGUUUUCUCCCGCAACAACGAAAGCAGCGAGCCCACUCGAGGCGCCUAACUUGACGGAAAUCGGAUCACGUUGGCAAGCUGAGGUCAUCCAAGUGCUCUCCGGUGAUUCACUAUUAUUGCUGCCGUCGCACCAACGUUCCAGGGCGACCUCUACGACUGCGUCUGCUACAUCGAUGACAACAGAUACGAGUCAGGAACCGGUGCUGCAUACGAGUUCGUUGCAAAGCGCAUUGCAAGUUGGGCUAGCGUUCGUCAGAGCAUAUCCGCUCGAUACCGAAGGAGGGUUCACUGCACGCGAGUGGCUACGAACGCGUCUCAUUGGUCACCCCGGUCUCGUUCGGGUGCAAGUUGUUUCGCAGCGCCCUUCUAGGGUAAGCAGCGCCUCAUCGACAUCUACGGGCGUUCCGCAGGUCCUCCUGUGGCAGGCGGACUGCUUGCUGAAUGCUGCCCUACUCGAAGCUGGUCUGGUUCAGUUGAAGACCCUCCCGAACGACCAAAGCGAUGCAGCGUGUCAGCAAGCUGUCAACACUUUUGUCGAAAUCGAGCGCAAGAGGAAGCAGCAACCGCCAGAACAGCAACGAAAGCAGGGAGGCGGCUCGAGGGCGCCCACCGGCUCUACACUUCACAGGUCUGGUGCCGGAGAGAGCGCUGUACCUCGGGGGUCAACGACUCCUGCUACGAUCCUGACGCAGCCUCGGCGCAUCCAUGACGUCACUCGCAGAGAAGCAAGUCGUCGAGCUCGCGACCUCUUCCCAAUCCUCUGCGGAAGCCAGCAAUCGUUGUCGGAUACGAGCGAACGUAUCGGCAUCGUUGAAUACGUUCGAAGUGGGUCUCGCUUCAAAGUCUUCCUCAACAAGGAUGCGCUGCUAGUAUCAUUUGCGCUCGCUGGUGUUCGCUGUGCGGUUCCUCGGCCCAUCGAAACCGAGGGCCAGCGCUUGUCCGCGGAAGAGGACUGCAGCUGGCGUGCAUACAACGAGGCACGGAGGCAUGUUCUUCAGCGCGACGUGCGGGUCCGUAUCUUGGAUGUCGAUCGCUAUGGGACUUUUCUCGGCACGCUGUAUGUUCUGGGGCCUUCCCUAUCGCAAACGGAUCCUUCCGAGCAAAAUGUCGUUUUUUCCGGGGACUGGGCUGAGCAUCUGGUGCAGGCAGGUCUAGCCACGCUGCUCGAGCGAGCAUCGCUUCCUGCGGCGACCUGGCAACAGCUGCAAAGCGCGCAACAAAGAGCGCAGCGAACUCGUCGAGGCCUCUGGGCUGUUUCCGCUCCAUCGGUCUCUGCAGACGCGGGCAAGGAGAUCGGCUUGUCGCGGGUGGGCGCAGAGCACUCGGGUAGAGCUGUGGUUUGGCGUUCACUAACGGUAACGGAGAUUCUUCCCGGCGGCUUGCUUUUUCUGCGCUCACCAAAAGCAAAUCCUGCUGAAGCAGCGCGCAUUCAAGAGCUUUGUGAUCUGGUUGCGAGACAACUCGUUACCGAGACCGCGCACAAGCCAAUGCCGCACCCAUUCGACCUGGUAUUGGCCCAGUACCCUGGUGAACGCCCCUGGUACCGUGCUCGGGUGCUGGACACUGCACCAGGUGAGCACGACUUGAUUUUUUUACGGUUCAUAGACAGCGGCGGCGAGCUCUGGGUUGAUGCAUCGCAUUUGCGAACGCUCCCUCCGCAUGAUGCGAACGUACACAUUCUAGAGCAACUCCCGGCACAGACGUUUGCAUUUAGGUUUGACGACAUUGCAGUGCCUGAUACAGACGAGCCGUGCUGGGAGCAGAGCGGUACCUUGUUACGGGAACUGACAUGGGACCGCCCCCUAAAUGUGGUGGUGACGAAACAGGACCCUGGUCCCGCACCAAGCAUUGCGCCCGAGUUAGGACUUGUGCUGGGCGACCUGCUUGUUGCGUCCAGGCCAACGACACAGGAGCCGCGAUCCUUUCAUAGUAUAGACGAAGCUGGUACCUCGGUUGCCGGGCUGCUCGUUCAGCGUGGACUCGCUUGGUGUCUUCACCCGCAGGACGAAGGUACCAGACGGCCCGCUGCGCAUCGUUUCGCAGCGGAAGAGCAGCAAGCUAGGCACCAGAGAAGCGGUAUCUGGCAAUACUCAGAUGCCUUGCGAUUUGCAGCUCUUGAUGAAGAGUUCGGUCUGUGA